UGCCUGCUUGAGAGCCCUCGCAACAGCACUGCCUCCCCAACUUGCUCCAAAAGACCACCAGGUCUUUAUUUCCUGAAUUCGUGAAAAUCUCUUACACCGGAAUGUGGUGCUCACAGGCACACUCGAGCCUCGGAAGUUCCAGAAUUUCACAGAGGAAGUUUCACAGAGAUUACAACACUCUGUCCUAGGUUAGACAUGAAUUAAGCCUUUGACACAUCAUUUUCCCUAACCCCUGUGGAAGGAUAUGACACAAAAUGUGAUUUAUUCGUGCUUGUUACACUCCAGGAACAAACUACUCUUGUGUGCAGCCUGAGAUGACUGUAUUUCAACAGUGUACUUAUGCAGAUGUAAACAAAUCUUCAUUUAUUCUAGAAGUAUCGACAAGUAUGCAAAGAACAGAGAAGCAAGCCCCAUUCUCACCUCCACCCCACACACCUUACUUAAUUCCUCCAGUCCUAAUGACUGAAGUUCCCCCAAACUAUUGUGUCUCCACGGAUGACAUCACUCCUCUGAGAAGUCACUGGGUGACCACUGUCCUCUAGCCAGUGGUCACUCCAGCGCAAAGGUCACUUCCUUCCUCUUGAAGAUUUGGGGAAGGACAUCCCAGGGUCCCCCUGUGAAUGGCAGGGCACUAGGAUGAGGCAGGCAGCACGCGCUGGCGCGUAUCUCCAACCCACUCAGCUCAGGGCGGGGCACUGUCCUUCCUGACGCGGAGACCCUGAGCUCCUGGAAUUUCCCCAGCGCGGGGCUCGGGCUUUUCCAGCCACCAUGCAUAAAAGAGGCGCACGGGGCCCCAGAGCCCCAGAUCGCACCUCAGUGCCUCCAGCCAGCUCCUGCACUCCAGACUCCAGCUACACUUCUGAUCAGCACCAUGGCCCCAGCCACCCGUUCACUCCUCAGUGCCUCUCUGCUGUUGCUGCUGCUGUUGCUGGCCACCAGCCACCAGGCUACAGGGGCAGUUGUGGCCACUGAGUUGCGCUGUCAGUGCCUGAAGACCAUAUCCAGAAUUGACUUCAAGACCAUACAGAGUUUGAAGGUGACGCCCCCAGGACCCCACUGCACCCAGACAGAAGUCAUUGCCACUCUCAAGAAUGGUCAAGAAGUUUGUCUCGAUCCUGAAGCCCCCUUGGUUCGGAAGAUCAUCCAAAAGAUACUGAACAAGUGA